AUGCAGGCACCCACUCUCAAGAACAUUGCUCUCAAGUACGGCUCGCUGUCAGACCUCUUCGGCGAGCUGGAGUUGGACAUUGCAUGCUUCCAGGUGCUGGUACUGGUCAUGGUGGUGGUCCAGAUCAACGAUAGGGAAACAAAGCUGGUAGAAGCUCAGCUCACCAAGGAGAUUGUGUGUGUGGAUGACUGCGAGUCCUACUGGGCGGUGUCUCGAGAGAAAAAAGGCUACUCGGGCGUGGUGACCUACGCGAGGGGCCAGUGGCGUGCAGCGCAUGUCGAGGUGGACUGCCUUGCCUCUGGAGAGUCGGAUAUCGAUCGCGAGGGCCGGGUGGUAGUGUCGGACCACGGCGCCUUUGUCCUGAUCAACGUGUACGUCCCCAAUGCCGGCGACCGCCCGGCGCGUCCCCGCCUCGGCUUCAAACUCAAGUUCCUGCACGCCCUGAAGCGCACGGCGGACGGCUUUCGGAAGCAGGGCAGGCAGGUGAUCCUGGUGGGCGACUUCAACGUGGUCGCCACCCCCGCCGACGUUCACGCCUCCAUGCCCUUUGACGACCUGUAUGCACCCGAGGAGCUGGCAGCCCUGCAUGCCCUCACCGAGGGCCCCGCGGCCUAUGUUGACGUCUGGCGCCGCCUGCACCUGGGGGUUGCCGACGUGUACACCGUCUGGGACGAGCGCACUUCCGCCCGCGCCUUCAACCGCGGGCUGCGCAUUGACUACGUGCUGUGCACGCCAGGGCUGCUGCCCAGCGUGGUUGCCUGCGAGGUGGUGGGCACUGACCGCCUGCCGCCCAAGUGGAGCGACCACGCCGGACUGCUGCUGCGCCUGCAGGGUCUGGCCGCCCCCCGCCCCCGACCAGCCCUGCGCGCUGAGAAACUCCGCCCGCCCGGCCAGCGCUCCCUCGCUGGCUUCCUCGCCAAGCAGCAGACGUGA